AUGUUGUCCAGAGAACUGGUUUUAGGUGUAUUGAUGUGUUUGCCUGUCUUUUCCGAGACCGGAUGUGCAAAUUACCAACAUUGCAAGAAAACUCGACUUCCAUGGAAACGACAUGUUGUGCAGUAUUACAGACCAUGUAGUGGUGAACAAAUCAUAAACACUACUGUGUCUCCAAUCCUCGAGAGAGAAGACUUUGUACAGUUAAAGAAUAACUACUUAGCAAGUCUGCGUGAACUGUCUUGGCAGAUUCAGAAUUUAACAUUAUUCGCUGUUAAUAGAAUGCCAGCCUACAGCACUGCCGAAAGAUCUAGUGUAGUGGUUAAAGAGGGGAGGAGGUGUAGAUCGAGCUCUGUUAUUGUUAAAUCCUUCGAAGAACUCACGGAAAUCGGACUUCAAAUGAAUAUUAUACACCAACAUUUCUCUGUCAUAAUGGAAUUUCAAUGGAAUGAGCGCCACCUCUUGGACACACUGUGCAUUCUGAGGAAGAUUUAUGAUAGACACGGAGAAUCCGAAGACCAUUCGAACACUACUUUGAAUGCUGUUACCCAAUAUUCUCUGUGUAUUAAACAUAAAGCGGACUGUGCCAAUUUCUAUACAUGGUUAUCCGAGAAACUCCAAAAUCUGACUGAUGUGGGAUUGCAAGCAGUUAUAGCCUGGAUGGGUGGCUUCAUAAAAAAUCAGGCCAGUUGCCAGUCAGAAGUGAACAAUUUUGUACCAGUAGCAGAGGCAAUGAUCAUUCAGAAAACAAGAUACAGCUGUCAACAAUAUUACAGUCCACAACAGCCAAGUUAA